AUGUUGUCAUCAAUGGAGACCGCGGUUAAACCCUUGAGAAAGAAAACAUGGUUUCUCCCUCUGAUCUUGUCUCUCCUCACUUCAUCAAUCCUCGUAAUUUUCUCCUUGUUCUUCACUUCAACUUCGAAUCCUUUUCAUCAAACCCCGUUAAAGUCCAAAACCCAACAAAACCCAGUUUUUGUUGAAUCAAAACUGUACAUCGCACCCACGAAACCGGUUUCAUCCAUACCGAAACUUGCGUAUUUGAUCUCUGGUUCGAGUGGUGAUGUUGAGUCGUUGAAAAGGACGCUCAAGGCACUAUAUCAUCCAUUGAAUCAGUAUGUUGUGCAUUUGGACCUUGAAUCUCCCGCUGAAGAACGAUUGGAGCUGGUUGAUUUUGUGAACAACGAGGCUGUGUUUCAAGAAGUAGGUGGUGAUUGGGAUUGGUUCAUCAAUUUGAGUGCCUCUGAUUAUCCUUUAGUCACCCAAGAUGAUUUGCUUCACACAUUGUCAACUGUGCCUAGAGACCUAAACUUUAUCGAGCAUACAAGUGACAUUGGUUGGAAAGAAUACCAAAGAGCGAAGCCUGUUAUAAUUGAUCCAGGGCUAUAUAGUCUUAAAAAAUCAGACGUAUUUUGGGUCUCCCAAAAAAGAAGUGUUCCUACUGCUUACAAGCUCUUCACAGGUUCAGCAUGGAUGAUGCUUUCAAGACCCUUUAUAGAAUAUUGUUUAUGGGGAUGGGAUAACCUUCCAAGAAUCGUCCUUAUGUAUUAUGCAAACUUUCUUUCAUCUCCUGAAGGCUAUUUCCACACUGUAAUUUGCAAUGCUGAUGAGUUCAAGAACACAACUGUAAAUCAUGAUCUUCAUUUCAUUUCAUGGGAUAAUCCACCAAAACAACACCCUCAUUUUCUCUCCAUUGAUGAUUAUCAAAGAAUGCUUGAAAGCAAUGCCCCUUUUGCAAGAAAAUUUGGUGAAGAUAAAGAAUUGCUUGACAAAAUUGACUCUGAACUUCUUGAAAGAGAACCCAAUGGUUUUGUCACAAGAAGUUGGUUGGAAAGAAGUGAUACAAAUAGAAGCAUAGCUGAAAGCAUAGCCAAAAAUGCAACUGAACUAAAACCAGGUCCUGGAGCUGAAAGGAUUAAGACACUUAUAAGUGGUAUGCUUUCAGACAAAGAUUUUGAUGCAAAGCAUUGUGUCUGAUAUAAAAAAAGGUUAAGAUUGUAUGUAUGCAGAGUGCUCUCCAAGGUGAAUUCUUCUUGGAAUAUUUUACUAAAAAGAUCUCAGAUUUAUAUAUAGAUAUUAGAUAUUAUUAGCUCAAAACAUGCAAUAAUAAUAUUCUUGGAUUAGAUCUAGUUCUUGAAACAGGAUCCGAGGUUCACUUCACUCCAACUUCUGUUAAUUGACUAAGUGUUAAUGCAACUUGAGUGUCAUUAGCUUUUCCAUGGUUGAGUUUAUAUUUUUCUAUUUUUACCCCUGAGCAAGGUCCGGAUUUAUUGAAGUGUAAGGUGAUGACAAGUUGGCAAUGUUGGAAAUGUAUGUAAUUCAAGAUAAACUUUCAUUAUAUUAGUAAUAGCAUCCUGGAUUUAUAAAGAUACAUUCCAUAAUAUUUGUGAUGAAAUCAUGAACCCUAAAUGGAUGAAAUCUAGUUCCUUAAACAUGGUCCUGGGUGCACUUCAACUUCUGUUCCUUUAGCAUUUGUGCAAUUAGCAGUCACCGGGUUACCUUGUUGAACAGACACUAAGUUUAUAGUAUCCAUUGUAAUCCUUGAGCAAGGUACGGAUUUACUACAGUUUAAAUUGAUAGCAAUCUUGGAAGAUGAUGUGCCAUGAAGAUUCUUGUAAACCACAUCGCUUAUUUUGACACCGGUUUCCUUGAUCAAACACAAAAAUUAGGUUUUUAUAAUGGCUAUGAUCAUGAAUAUAUGAACUACACUAAUUAAUGGUUAUUACCUCUUCUUUGCAUUUGCCACGGACGUCACAGUAAUUUUGGUCUAUGAUGAUUGGGUUGUUUACGGCAUCAAAUUCAAGAUUCUCGAAAGUAAUAUUUCGAACGUUUCCUUGACCUCCUUGCCAAGUCUUGAUUCGAGCUCCAUUUGAGGUUCCUUUCAAUGUGGAGUCGCGUAUGUGUAUGUGCUCAACAUGAACGAUUUCUUUGUUCUUUCCUAAGCUCCCG